CAGGGAAAAGGCGGGGCUAGCGACGCCGCGGAGCCUGGCGCAGGCUGCUGCCGCCGCCGCCCGCUCUGUACAUGGGGAAGGAACGUGAGAGUCGCCAGGGAGAGCUGCGGCGCGUCGGUGCGCACACGGGCUCCGGGCAGCGCCAGGGGAGAGGAGGAGGAGGAGGACUUACUCCCCCAGCCGAGGAGCAGCCGCCGCCGCCGCCGCCGCCGCCUGGGAUUUCUGCCCGUUGCAGCCGCAUCUCUGCCCGCUCUUUUUUUUUUUUUUUUGGUGGCAAAUUUGCGUAGAGUCUUUGUCUUUUGUGUGUGUUUGUUUGUUUGUUUGCACGCCCCUGCCAAACAAAGGGGGGGGUGGCUGAGGGAGAAGACAUGCGUUCCGUCAGGAAGAGAUGGACUGUCUGCACGAUAAGUAUCCUCCUGAUCUUUUAUAAGACAAAAGAAAUAGCACGAACUGAGGAGCACCAGGAAACGCAACUCACGGGAGAUGGUGAGUUGAGUUUGAGUAGAUCAGUGCUCAAUAGCUCUGAUAAAAUAAUUCAAAAGAGUGGCUCUUCAAUCUUUCAGCAUUCUGUAGAAGGCUGGAAAAUCAAUUCUUCUUUGGUACUGGAGAUAAGGAAGAAUAUUCUUCGGUUUUUGGAUGCUGAAAGAGAUGUCUCCGUGGUCAAAAGCAGCUUCAAGCCAGGAGAUGUAAUUCACUAUGUGCUAGACAGACGUCGCACCCUGAACAUUUCUCAGGAUUUGCAUAGCCUCCUUCCUGAAGUUUCACCAAUGAAGAACCGCCGGUUUAAAACAUGUGCAGUUGUGGGCAAUUCUGGCAUCCUCCUGGAUAGUGAAUGUGGAAAGGAAAUUGACAGCCAUGACUUUGUAAUAAGGUGCAAUCUAGCUCCUGUGGUGGAGUUUGCUGCAGAUGUGGGAACUAAAUCUGAUUUUAUUACCAUGAAUCCAUCAGUUAUACAAAGAGCAUUUGGAGGCUUUCGGAAUGAGAGUGACAGAGAAAAAUUUGUGCAUAGACUAUCCAUGCUGAAUGACAGUGUCCUUUGGAUCCCUGCUUUCAUGGUGAAAGGUGGAGAGAAGCAUGUGGAAUGGGUUAAUGCAUUAAUCCUUAAGAAUAAAUUGAAAGUUCGAACCGCCUAUCCAUCACUGAGACUUAUUCAUGCUGUCAGAGGGAUUACUUUUAGGUGGAUCUGGCCACUCUUCUUAUUCAGAAUGUAUCCUAGUCUCCUUCCACGUUACUGGCUGACAAACAAGGUCCACAUCAAACGACCUAGCACCGGUCUCCUCAUGUACACGCUCACUACCAGAUUUUGUGAUGAAAUUCACAUAUAUGGGUUCUGGCCAUUCCCAAAGGAUUUAUAUGGAAAACCAGUCAAAUAUCAUUACUAUGAUGAUCUAAAAUAUCGAUAUUUUUCUAAUGCCAGCCCUCAUAGGAUGCCAUUAGAGUUUAAAACUUUACAUAUGUUACAUAACCAAGGAGCACUGAAAUUAACAACAGGGAAAUGUGUACAGCAAUAAAACACAUGUAAAGUACAAUAUAAAGUACAGAAUAGUCACUUCAUCAUAAAGAUGUUGUGAAGGCAAUGGGAUCAAACAGAGGAUAUAUUUCAAUACCCACUAAGCCAUUGGGAAAAGGAAGCUUACCUGAAGUUCAUGACCAGCUGAUAUUAUACCUGUAAAGUGCUAUAAAACUAAGAUAACUUGACUGCAAGGGUUCAAGUAAGUGCCACUUUCACUAAGAACAAAGCUUGAAUGUAAAAUCAGUAGUGUUUACAAGAUCCAAUGAUGCAUUCAUCAUCAAAGAGGAAGCAAAUAUCCAUUUAAUGAUGACUUGCCACACAAAAUUGAGCAGCUUAUAGAAGAAAUACCCAGAAGAUGGAAUCUAUUCUUGGGGAAAUGAAACAGCCUUUGGCAUCAGAAAUCAUGGUGAAAUUAGUGGAGAAAGUAAUAUCCAUAAGAUUAAAUAGAUCAAGUAAAUGCCUUCAGUCGGGACUGUCUGACCUUGUAUUAUAACCUGAUUGUUUUUGUUGGUGUUUUUUCUGAUUGCUGUUUUUUUUUAAUUUGGGUAUUGGAAUCCUUAAAGGAUUUUAUGAGGAUGAUAGGAACAAUUAAAAAUAAAAAUCUUCAAAGAGUUGUA